AUGAGAUCAACAAUCGUUUUAUUGAGUCUGGUGGCGAUCUCGCAGGCUCUUUAUUUUCACAUCGCCGAAACCGAGAAAAAAUGUUUCAUCGAGGAGAUUCCAGAUGAGACGAUGGUGAUUGGAAAUUACAAGGUGCAAUUGUACGAUCCAAAUACGAAGGGUUAUGGUGAUUAUCCGAAUAUUGGAAUGCAUGUUGAGGUGAAAAAUCCCGAGGAUAAGGUGAUUUUGUCGAAAUUGUACACCGCCGAAGGCCGCUUCACGUUCACGUCGAACUCACCCGGCGAGCACGUCAUCUGCAUCUAUUCGAAUAGCACCGCGUGGUUCAGCGGAGCCCAAUUGCGUGUGCAUCUUGAUAUUCAGGCUGGAGAUCAUGCUCAGGAUUAUGCGCAGAUUGCUCAAAAAGACAAGCUCAAUGAGCUUCAACUGCGCAUUCGUCAGCUUCUCGACCAAGUCGAUCAGAUCACAAAAGAGCAAAACUAUCAGCGCUAUCGUGAGGAGCGAUUCCGUCAGACGUCGGAAUCGACGAACUCGCGCGUGUUCUACUGGUCGCUGGCUCAAGUCGUCGUGCUCGCCGUCACCGGCUACUGGCAGAUGAGGCAUCUUCGCGGGUUCUUCGAAGCGAAAAAAUUGGUCUAA